UUUACAUUUUCUCUCCACCGUCUUUUAGCACUUUCGUGUUCUGGAGACUUCAUGAGUGCGCACAUCAGCAGACACUAUCUUCAGUUAAAAGGCUAUAAUGCAUGGGAAGUAUAUCUAAAUUCAUCAGACUCCCGCUGUAGACCUCAGAUUACACGUGAAUAUGUUGUCUUCAACAUACCAUACAGUGGUUGUGGCACUAAAAGACAAGAGAGCAAUAAUGAUACCAUUGUUUACUCCAACAACAUCAAGACAUCACCCUUUGAUGAAGAUAAUAUUAUUACAAGAAAGACAGACAUGAUAUUUCACAUCAAAUGUGAAAUGAAUGAGAACAUCAUGGUAGAAACAAUGUUUGUUGUCAAAAAUUCUGUUGACAUUACUGAAAAACAUCACGGCCAUUAUGAAAUGACUCUUGGAUGCUAUGAGUCGGCAUCUUUCUCCCAUAAAGUUUAUGGCUUUCCCUACUAUGUUUCAAUGGAUCAGGAGUUAUUCUUUGAAGUUAUUCUCAACAAUUCCGAUCCAAACCUUAUACUGUUUUUAGACACAUGCAAAGCAUCUCCAUACGCUCAUGACUUUGAAAAUUUGACCUAUCCCUUAAUUGAACAUGGGUGUGUACGAGAUUCUACCUACAAAAAUCUGCCUUCACCAAACAAGAAUACAGCUCGCUUCAGUUUCAAUUCCUUUAAGUUUGUCGACCAACACAAUGAAAUUUUUUUGCAAUGCAAGCUGGUUGUAUGCAUGGCAAAUGAUUACUCUUCCCGGUGCUAUCAGGGGUGCUUAAGCAGAAAAAAGAGGAACGUAGAUGAAGAUCAGAGCAAAGUGGAUGUUGUUGUGGGACCAUUCAAGCUACAGGAAAAAUUUCAAGAAGACAAAAGACAGGAAUUGGUGAAAAAUGUGAAUCCAGGGAAGGAUGAAGCUUUCAGUCCGCUUACUGUUGCUACUGUAGUUUUGGCAGCUAUGGUCUUUGUGCUGUCUGGCUUUCUUCUAAACAGUAGACUGAGAAGAAGAAAAUAUCAACAAAUUUACUGAUGCCAAUACGUUGUUUAUGUAAACAGGCUAUAAAAGUUUAUUAAGCACUUUCUACAUAGAUUUUGAAAAUGCACCUGUAAAAUGUACUUUUGAAAGUAUUUGUUUUUUUUUCCUACAGUAAAUUCUUGAGCAUCACAUCAACAAGAUGGACCUAGUUAUUGUAUAGGUUGUAACAUCAACCACAACCAUGUUAAGUCAAAGUAUUGGUAUUUAAAGAUUUGUUCUGAUAAAAAAAAUUGUAACUCCAUGGCUUGUAAAAUUGUGACCUUCAAGAUGUUGUUGGAAUGGACUGGAAUUUCAGUCAUGCCUCAUGAUCAAACUUGAGGUACAUGCUGUCCUGAAACAUCUUAAGGUCCACAAAUUUACUGCUUUCGUGGUUAUGUUGAUUUUUUUAAUUAUUUUUUUUUGCUGAAUGUCAUUAUGAAAUUUUGGCUGACAUCCCCUCUGUAUUGUAUUAAAGUUCUGUGUCUAAUGCAAAUUUUGUCAUUAUAAUUCUACAUUCAAAUAACAUAUGUGAUAACUACAUA